GGCGAGAGAGGAAAAAGAAGGUCUAGUGACCUGAUUCGGCGCCUCCGCCUACCUCCUCUUUCUGCGCUUCUUUCUUGCUCGCGUUGUUUUCAGCGCUUGGCAGUGACCCGCCGUGCUCUCAGGUGGUGCCAGGGCCUUUGCACGCAAUGCACACCAAACUUUGCCAACUGUUGGUCUUGGCGGCCGUGGCGGUCUGCAUUUCCGGCGACAUCCAUCCGCCCAACUACCGACCAAUGGGGCCCCGAGGCCAUCCCCCUCAGAUGUUGAAGCGGCCGUUCAGGGGGCCGCCGCGCCCCCCGCACCACCACCCCAAGUUCAGGCCGCUGCCCGUGCACCUAGGCCGCGCCCCCUCGAUCAACCGGCCCUUUAAGGUGGCGCCUCCGAAGGUGGGCCCGUCGUCGCGUCCCAAGGUGGCCCCUGUGAAGCAGUUCAGCCCGUCGCCGCCGGCCGGCCCGGCACACUACGUUCCCGUCAUGCAGAACAACAAUGACGUCAUCCACACCAUCCCUGCGCCCAACCUGGGGCCCAAUUCGGGCAUUGUGCCCGCGCCCCCCGCCCUUUACAACACCAUUGCCACCCCCAUCGUGCCGCCGGUCAAUUCGGUCGAUCACGGAUACAAGGUUCACGAGGAUACCUCAAAGAACGCGUUCGGUCUGUCCUACUACGCGCCAGACCCUGACCCAAGCCGGCCUGUGCCUCAGGUGCCGGUCACCAAUGACCCCUACUCGCAACCUUCCAUCUCAAGAACUCCUCUGGAUUUGCUCAUUCAGCAGCAGUUUGAAGCGUCCGUUCCUCACGUCGUCAAAGUGAACGCGCCGCAAUCUCAGCUGGCGCACUUGAAGGAGGCGGUGGUGAACACGACCUCGUACUACGGCGACACCAACUCGCGCUUCCUGCAAGCCUUCCAAGACAAAUACCACAAAUUCGACAUCCAAGAGCAGAGCAGCAGCAAAGUAAAGAACGACAUCGACUACGACAGCGGCGCCGAAGUGCGAUACUCGUUCGGCCCUGCGCCGGCCGCCACCCACGAGGAGGAGGACAGCGGCUCCGAGUUCUACGACGAACUCGAGUCGGAGGAAAAGGACGAGAUUCUCGAAGAGUCCGAUACGAGGGAGUUCGGAGCCAGGCUCAAACCAAAGAACUAAUUUAUUUAUUAUUUGAUCGUGCCAAAUUCACUUUUUUAGAUUGUAAUAUUUAUGGUGGCUGAGUGUCUCUCUGUUUCUAUUUAUUUAAUUUAUAUUUGUAUUCUUGUUGAUGAAUAAACUGUUGUUGAGUUUCACAAAUAA